AUGCGGAUGCGAGUACGUGGGCCCUCGGGUCAGUCUACUGUGAUACUGGACGACUGGGCCAGCAUCAGUGAACUUCGAGAACAAAUUGCGGAGAAGACAGGUCUCACCUCCUUUGAUGUCAAGUACGGAUACCCCGACCUCAAGCCUUUGGAUCUCGACCGUCUUCAACCCGACCAGAAGGUGUCUGAUACCGGUGUCAAUCUGCAUGGGGAACAGCUCAUCGUUGCUGCGCGCGAGUGUGCUGCCCCGCUGAACGAGCCCGCCUUGAGUCAACCUGGCUCUGCCCUCCAACAGCCUUCACAGAUUCCCUCUAUGCCGAAACCCACGGAAACUACCUCCGAUGAUCCACCCGAGGUUGCAUCACCCGAGCAUGAAGGUACUUUUGUGCUCCGUGUCAUGCCCGAUGACAAUUCGUGUCUAUUUCGCGCGGUAGGUGCCGCGGUGAUGGGCGAUAUGGACACAAUGGUGGAGUUGCGGUCCAUCGUUGCAGCUGCUAUCCAGUCGAACCCUUCAGAGUAUACUGCAGUCGUUCUGGGCAAGCAUCCGGAUGAUUACUGCCAAUGGAUCCAAAAUGAGAGUUCCUGGGGUGGAGCAAUCGAACUGAAGAUCCUGAGCGAGUACUUCAAUAUCGAGAUUUGCUCUAUUGAUGUACAAACCCUUCAUAUGUUUCAGUUCAAUGAAGGUGCUCCCACACGGUGUAUCGUGGUAUAUUCAGGAAUUCAUUACGAUGUCCUCGCGCUCUCCCCUUCAGAUCCACCAUAUACCCACGCCGACCCAUUUGCGCACGGCGAUACCAAGAUUUUUGAAGCCAUCGACCCGGUUGUUCUCGAGAAAGCCAAAGAGUUGUGUCAAGUGCUGCAGAGCAAGCAUUACUAUACCGAUACCUCCGGGUUCUCGGUAAGAUGCAACACCUGCGGCGGCUUAUUCACAGGCGAGAUGGGGGCAACCAAGCAUGCAUCAGAAACUGGCCACUACGAUUUUGGUGAAGCGGCUUAG